GGAGACGCAUACACAUGCUUUUUUUUUCUUUUCCUUUUUUUGUCUUGAAGUGCCUGCUGCAGGGCAACAACAGUGAAGGAGCUGAGCUGAGUUGAAGGCUGUUUCUUCCAAAAGAGGAUUGAUGGAUACCCAUGAUAAGCAAGUGGACAUUAUUAUACCUUCCUCACCUGCUGUACAAUGACAAAUAUGAUUUACCUGACUGCAAUAUGCAUUUUGUACUUCCCUGUUUUACUAUUUGAGGCAUUUGCAUUGUCCAAAGGCAAGUAUGUGAAACCAGUGGUGCCCACGUCCGCCUCACGCCUGGUGGCAAGGAUGGAUGGAGACAUAAUUAUUGGUGCCCUCUUUUCUGUUCACCACCAGCCAUCAGCUGAGAAAGUAGCAGAGAGGAAAUGUGGGGAGAUACGUGAGCAGUAUGGUAUCCAACGAGUGGAGGCCAUGUUCCACACCUUGGAUCGGAUUAACUCUGACCCAAACCUGUUACCUAAUAUCACGCUGGGCUGUGAAAUCAGGGACUCCUGCUGGCAUUCAUCAGUGGCUCUGGAGCAGAGUAUUGAGUUCAUUCGAGACUCUCUCAUUUCCAUUCGGGAUGAUAGGGAUGGCUCUAGGUGGUGCAUCGAAGGAGGGGCCUCCAGUCAACCACCACCAACCAAGAAGCCCAUCGUUGGGGUCAUUGGACCAGGCUCGAGUUCAGUGGCAAUUCAAGUCCAAAACCUUCUGCAAUUAUUCAACAUCCCACAGAUUGCAUAUUCUGCAACCAGUAUUGACCUCAGUGACAAGACUUUAUUCAAGUACUUCCUUAGAGUCGUGCCCUCAGACACCCUUCAAGCCAGAGCGCUACUGGACAUUGUGAAACGAUACAACUGGACAUAUGUUUCUGCAGUGCACACAGAGGGUAACUAUGGGGAGAGCGGGAUGGAAGUUUUUAAGGAGCUGGCCUCGCAGGAAGGCCUCUGCAUUGCCCAUUCGGACAAAAUCUACAGCAAUGCUGGUGAGAAGCACUUCGACAGGCUACUGAGGAAGCUGAGGGAGCGUCUGCCCAAAGCUCGAGUCGUGGUCUGCUUCUGUGAAGGCAUGACGGUGCGAGGGCUGCUCAUGGCCAUGAGGCGGCUCGGCGUGGCUGGAGAGUUCCUCCUCAUUGGCAGCGAUGGCUGGGCAGACCGAGUUGAAGUGGUGGAGGGGUAUGAACAUGAGGCUGUGGGCGGCAUCACAGUGAAGCUGCAAUCUGAAGAGGUCUCCUCCUUUGAUAAAUAUUUCCUGAAGCUCAGACUCAGCACCAACACUCGCAAUCCUUGGUUCCCUGAGUUCUGGCAGUACCGGUUUCAGUGCCGCCUCCCCGGGCACCUGCAGGAGAACAUCAAUUAUGCAAGGAACUGCUCAGAGGAUGAUCUAGAACUUCAAGAUGGCUAUGAAAGUCUGGAGGACAACUACGUUCAAGACAGCAAGAUGGGCUUUGUCAUAAACGCCAUUUAUGCCAUGGCUCAUGGAUUGCAUGAUAUGCAGACUCACCUCUGUCCCGGUCAUGUGGGCCUCUGUGAUGCCAUGAAGCCAGUUGAUGGCAGCCACCUGCUGGACUUUCUUCUCAAGACUUCCUUCACUGGUGUUUCUGGAGAGGAAGUAUGGUUUGACGAAAACGGAGAUUCCCCUGGGAGGUAUGAGAUUAUGAAUUUCCAGCAUGCACAGCCAGGUGUCUAUGAUUACAUCAACAUUGGCUCUUGGCAUGAAGGUCUACUCAGUAUUGAUGAUGCAAUGUUACAGAUGAAUCGCAGCGACAUGGUCCGCUCUGUCUGCAGUGAACCCUGCUCCAAAGGAGAGAUCAAGGUGAUAAGGAAGGGCGAAGUGAGUUGCUGUUGGAUCUGCACCGCCUGCAAGGACAAUGAGUACGUGCAGGAUGAGUUCACGUGCAAGGCCUGUGAGCUGGGCUGGUGGCCUGACAAGGAUCUGGAAGGCUGUGAGCCAAUACCCCUACGGUACUUGGAGUGGAGCAAUCCAGAAUCCAUUAUCCAGGUUGUUUUCUCCUGCAUGGGCAUCCUGGUCACAUCAUUUGUUGCCUUUGUCUUUGUCUUGUACCGUGACACGCCCGUGGUCAAAUCCUCAAGCCGGGAGCUCUGCUACAUCAUCUUAGCAGGAAUCUUCCUGGGCUAUCUCUGCCCGUUCACCCUCAUUGCCCGCCCCACUGUGGUCUCCUGCUACCUUCAGAGACUUCUUGUCGGACUCUCAGCUGCCAUGUGCUACUCCGCUCUCGUAACAAAAACCAACCGCAUCGCCCGCAUCCUGGCGGGCAGUAAAAAGAAGAUUUGCACCCGGAAGCCAAGGUUCAUGAGCGCUUGGGCUCAGGUGGUUAUCGCCUUCAUCCUGAUUAGUUUCCAGCUCACACUGGAGGUCACCCUCAUCAUCAUGGAGCCUCCUGAACCUAUAAAAUCCUACCCUAGCAUCAGAGAGGUCUUCCUCAUCUGCAACACCAGCAACCUGGGUGUUGUGGCACCGCUGGGCUACAACGGUUUGCUCAUCAUGAGUUGCACCUAUUACGCCUUCAAGACGCGAAACGUCCCAGCGAAUUUCAAUGAAGCUAAAUACAUUGCCUUUACCAUGUACACCACAUGCAUAAUUUGGUUGGCGUUCGUGCCAAUCUAUUUUGGCAGCAACUACAAAAUCAUCACCACAUCCUUCUCCGUGAGUCUCAGUGUGACUGUGGCUUUGGGCUGUAUGUUCACGCCAAAGAUGUACAUCAUCAUUGCCAAACCGGAGAGAAACGUGCGCAGCGCAUUCACCACAUCUGAUGCUAUUCGCAUGCACGUCGGCGAUGGCAAAAUUGCUUGCCGAAGCAACAGCCUACUCACUAUGUUCAAAAGGAAGAAGAACAGUGGAAAUGGCAGUUCUAAUGGAAAGUCUGUGUCAUGGUCUGAACCAGGUGCAAGACAUCCUCCAAAAGGGGAUCACAUGUGGCACAGAUUGUCAGUUCAUGUGAAGAAACAGGAAUCAGGUUCCAAUCAGUUGGCUGUCAUCAAACCCUUAACUAACACAUUCCAAAGCACAGGCCUGGAUUUCUCAAACCUCAGCACUAAGACUUUGUACAAUGUGACUGAGGAGGAUGAGGAUGAACCUGUCAGGUACAACCCCCCUGUAACACCCCCAAUGAUGGCCCACAGGCAAAUGCCAAUGGGUGGGUUUAUGAAAGAUGUGGAUGAGGAGGUGAGGCGCUAUACAGCCGAGCACCUGCAACAAAAUAGCACCAUCGUGGAUCGCCUCCAUGAGGGGACAGUGACGGGUAAAUUCCAUAGUGACGUCUCUGAGGUAGGCGACAUGAUUAUUAUGUCCGACACCAUGAGCAGCGGCAUGUCUGUGUACCACCAGGCUCACCUCAUCCAGCAGGACCCAGUCCUGCCUGUGCAGCUCAACCUAUUCAAUGAGGAGCCCAUCUCCUCCUUCGAGGACGACGAGGAGAUAGAGAAUGAGCAAUUUAGCCUUCUUCAUGGGUACAUGUACAACAGUUCCCAGAUUCAUGAGGAGGAGGAACUAGUUGAGGCUAAAGUAGCCAUGGGGGACUCUCUGGCUUUGAUGCCUCCCUCUCCUUUCCGAGAUUGCAGCGGUCCACCGGUCAGCCUGUUCCCCGACUCACCCAUGUCUGAAUCGAUUUUGUGCACUUCUCCAAAUGUGACAUACGCCUCUGUCAUCUUCAGAGACUACAAGCAGAGCUCCUCGACUCUGUGAGGGCACGUUAAAUACUAUGAGCUGUAAACUAUUUUCACACUGAUAACGACUUGUGUUGAUGAAUAUAUAAAGGAACAAAAAACCAUCCUGUAGUUUGACACAAACCAUUUUUCUCUCUGUAGUUUUUACGUGAUAAAGGUAAGGAACAAGGCGUCACUUUUUAGAAUGAUUUUCAAUGUUGUCUACAAUAGUGAAAGAACCAACCAAUUAUAAUCAUAUGUUUCUAUAUUCAAAUUAAAGCUAAAUAAACACUUUGUACUUAUGUAUGAGCCAACUGUCUACAUUUACAAAUUAUCCUGUGAAUAGAAUUCAUUUGAUUCAUACAAAACAAAGACCCAAAUCUGUCAACUCAUCUGCUUAAUGGCAAGUAUUUUGUAAUGUCAAACAAUCCAAUUUGUCAGCACCAUUUUUAGAAGAUGUACCUGAUAUUACACAUUGUGUAGUGUGUAUGUACUUUAUCAGAGAGGCUUGGGCUGACAGUGCAUCCGAGUUAUGCUUGAGGAAAUAUAAAGCCAACAUAAUUACUUGUUGGAGAAAACAAACUUGAACUUUUGAAUUUUGGAUUGAUGUAAUACUGCAAUGUGAGUGUACUGACUGUAUUAUGAAUGUAGCAGAGUAUGGGUUCAAGUGCUACAGGUUCCUUUUGUAUGUUUAUCACAUUUGUGUGGUUUUCAAAUGUAUGUUAAAGAACCUCAAAAUUUCUGUCUUUUAUAAUUAUACAUUUGAUUUCAUAAUUUAAUAAUUGUAUGAACUGUUCUCAAAUAUAAUUGACCUAUUUAUUAGUCUGUGAAUGUAUGAAAUGUGUUUAUAUUUUGGUAUUCAGAUAGUAUUUACAUGAAUUACAGUAAUAGAAAUAUCUCAUUACCUGUAUAUGCUUUAAUUGUGUAACUGGUAGUGAACCUCAACCCACUUUCUUAGAUAUUAAGACUUUGACAGCCUAUCAAACCUGUACAAUGUGAUAAAGUGCUGCUAUUCUGAAUAAGCUAUUUGUAGUCUUUUGUAGUCUGGUAUCUACCUUAUGAAUUGUGAUUGCUACUUUAAACAAGCAUUAGUUCUAGAACAUUUGAAGUAUGUUUAUUUGGAGUAAAUUUAAUAUUUUUAUG